AUGAUACCCACCCAGCUCUUCUUCAUGAUCAUCUAUGUGCUCGAGUCUGUAAUGAUACUGGUGCAGAGUAGCUUAAUUGUUGCAGUGCUGGGCAGAGAGUGGGUGCAGGUCAAACGGUUGUUACCUGUGGACAUGAUUCUCACCAGCCUGGGCAUCAGCCAUUUCUGUCGGCAGUGGGCAUCAAUUCUGUUCAAUUUUUGCUUCUAUUUUAACCCUAAUCAUUUAUUUUGGUACUUAUCACUCACCUGGGAAUUUUUUAAUAUUUUUAUCUUCUGGCUAACCAGCCUGCUUGCUGUCUUCUACUGUGUCAAGGUCUGUUCCUUCACCCACCCCAUCUUCCUCUGGUUCAGGUGGAGAAUUUUGAAGCUGGUUCCCUGGCUGUUACUGGGUUCUCUGAUGAUUUCUUGUCUGACAAUCAUACCUUCAAUAAUUAUGAAUCACACCCAGGUUCAGUUCAUCAACAUGGUGCAUUUACCCGGAAACAGCACUAUGACUGAGAGACUUAGGAUGUUUCAGAAGCAUAUGCUCACACUUUAUCGAAUACUUGCAUUGGGUUUUCCCUUCCUCCUGUUCCUGGCUUCCACCAUCUUGCUCAUGGCCUCACUGGCCCAGCAUUUGGCACAGAUGAAACACCAUAGUACUGGCCACUGCAACUCCAGCACAAAAGCUCAUUUCACUGCUGCGAGAUUACUUGCCAUGUCAUUUAUCAUCUUCACCUCUCACUUUUUUACCGUACUUGCCUCCUUAAUAGACAAUGCAUUUGAUAGGAGACCUUGGUACUGGAUUUGGGAAGCCUUCAUCUACGGCAUAGUCUCUAUUCAUUCCACUUCACUGAUGCUGAGAAGCCCUACGUUGAAAAAGGUUCUAAAGGUAAAGUGCUGGGUCCUAGAAGCUGCCUGA